AAUAGGUUCUGUGCGCUCUCCGCGGGUAUUGUGUCAGGAGAUGCGGGCUGGCUACCAUGUGACGCGGUCCAGAGCUGAAGGGAUUGGCCGAGGCAGCGCAGGCGGUGCAGCUCGUCGGCUGGCUGUUCCUCUCCCUUUCUCUCGCAGCAUCUUCCCGGGAGCCUUAGGUGAAGCAGCACCAGCUGCAUCCAUGGCCUAUCUUUGGGGUUAACACUUGUCUUUGGCUUCAGCAGCCACGGAUACAGCCGAUCGCCUGGCAGCAGCGGCAGCAGUGUCGGGAGGAUUUCGCCGGGACCUGGAAUCGUAUCCUCCAGUAUUUUUUCAGACUCCUUGGAAAUUAAGGAAUGCAAUUCUGCCACCAUGAUGGAAGGAUUGAAAAAACGUACAAGGAAGGCCUUUGGGAUACGGAAGAAAGAAAAGGACACUGAUUCUACAGGUUCACCUGAUAGAGAUGGAAUUCAGCCCAGCCCACAUGAACCACCCUACAAUAACAAAGCAGAGUGUGCGCGUGAAGGAGGAAAAAAAGUUUCGAAGAAAAGCAAUGGGGCACCAAAUGGAUUUUAUGCAGAAAUUGAUUGGGAAAGAUACAACUCACCCGAGCUGGAUGAAGAAGGCUACAGCAUCAGACCCGAGGAACCCGGCUCUACCAAAGGAAAGCACUUUUAUUCGUCAAGUGAAUCAGAGGAGGAGGAAGAAUCACACAAGAAAUUUAAUAUCAAGAUUAAGCCACUGCAGUCUAAAGACAUUCUUAAGAACGCCGCAACUGUAGAUGAACUGAAGGCAUCGAUAGGCAACAUUGCACUUUCCCCAUCACCAGUGAGGAAAAGUCCGAGGCGCAGCCCGGGUGCAAUUAAAAGGAACUUAUCCAGUGAAGAAGUGGCCAGACCCAGGCGUUCCACACCGACACCAGAACUCAUCAGCAAAAAACCUCCAGAUGACACUAUGGCCUUAGCUCCCCUCUUUGGCCCACCAUUAGAAUCAACUUUUGAUGAACAGAAGACAGAAGUUCCCUUAGAUCAGCCUGAGAUAUGGGGUUCAGGCCAACCAGUUAAUCCAAGCAUGGAGUCGCCAAAGUUAACAAGGCCUUUUCCCACUGGAACACCUCCUCCACUGCCUCCAAAAAAUGUACCAGCCACCCCACCCCGAACAGGCUCCCCCCUCACAGUUGGACCAGGAAAUGACCAGUCAGCCACAGAGGUCAAAAUUGAAAAACUACCAUCAAUCAAUGACCUGGACAGCAUUUUUGGCCCAGUGUUAUCCCCCAAGUCUGUUGCUGUUAAUGCUGAAGAAAAGUGGGUCCAUUUUUCUGAUACGUCCCCGGAACGUGUUACUCCAGAGUUGACUCCAAGGGAAAAGGUGGUAUCCCCACCAGCUGCAUCAGACAACCCAGAUGACUCCCCAGUUCUGGGCUCCCCAAGUCCUCCAGGCCCCCCAGGCCCCCCAGGCCCUCCAGGGCCCCCUGGGCCUCCUCGAAAUGUACCAUCGCCGCUCAAUUUAGAAGAAGUCCAGAAGAAAGUCGCUGAGCAGAGCUUCAUUAAAGAUGAUUACUUAGAAACAAUCUCAUCUCCUAAAGAUUUUGGGUUGGGACAGAGAGCAACUCCGCCUCCCCCACCACCACCCACCUACAGAACUGUGGUUUCGUCCCCCGGACCUGGCUCGGGCAGUGGUACAGGGACCACCAGUGGUGCAUCGUCCCCUGCUCGGCCAGCCACUCCCUUGGUCCCUUGCAGCAGCACCACCCCACCACCACCUCCUCCCCGGCCUCCAUCUCGGCCAAAGCUACCUCCAGGAAAACCUGGAGUCGGAGAUGUGCCCAGACCUUUUAGCCCUCCCAUCCAUUCCUCCAGCCCUCCUCCAAUAGCACCCCUAGCGCGGGCUGAAAGCACUUCUUCAAUAUCGUCCACCAAUUCCCUGAGUGCAGCCACCACUCCCACAGUUGUGUCAGAAGAUGAUGUUUUUUAUGACAAACUGCCCUCAUUUGAAAGGCGCUGUGAAACCCCAGCAGAGAAUGAACAGCCUUCCCUCGUUUGGUUUGACAGAGGAAAGUUUUAUUUGACUUUUGAAGGUUCCUCCAGGGGACCCAGCCCUCUAACCAUGGGGGCCCAGGACACCCUCCCUGUUGCAGCAGCAUUUACAGAAACGGUCAACGCCUACUUCAAAGGAGCAGAUCCCAGCAAAUGUAUCGUGAAGAUUACUGGAGAAAUGGUGUUGUCCUUCCCUGCCGGCAUCACCAGACACUUUGCCAACAACCCAUCGCCAGCUGCCCUGACUUUCCGGGUGAUAAAUUUCAGCAGGUUAGAACACGUCCUGCCAAAUCCCCAACUUCUCUGCUGCGAUAAUACCCAAAGUGAUGCCAAUAGCAAGGAAUUCUGGGUAAACAUGCCAAAUUUGAUGACUCACCUAAAGAAAGUGUCUGAACAAAAACCCCAGGCUACAUAUUAUAAUGUGGACAUGCUUAAAUAUCAGGUGUCUGCCCAGGGCAUUCAGUCCACACCUCUGAACCUGGCCGUGAACUGGCGGUGUGAGCCCACCAGCACCGACCUGCGCAUAGAUUACAAAUACAAUACGGAUGCAAUGACAACCGCCGUGGCCCUCAACAAUGUGCAGUUCCUGGUCCCCAUCGACGGAGGAGUAACCAAGCUCCAGGCCGUGCUCCCCCCGGCAGUCUGGAAUGCUGAACAACAAAGAAUAUUGUGGAAAAUUCCCGAUAUUUCUCAGAAGUCAGAAAAUGGAGGUGUGGGUUCUUUAUUGGCAAGAUUUCAGUUAUCUGAAGGCCCAAGCAAACCUUCCCCAUUGGUUGUGCAGUUUACAAGUGAAGGAAGCACCCUUUCCGGCUGUGACAUUGAACUUGUUGGAGCAGGCUAUCGAUUUUCACUCAUCAAAAAAAGGUUUGCCGCAGGAAAAUACUUGGCAGACAACUAAUAAAAUCUUGUGCAAGGAUUCAGAAGAUCACAUAAUGGAGAACUGUUGUAUGAGAAACAGGUUUCAGUUUGGGUUUGAUGAAAACAAAUCAAAAUCUGCACUUGGGAUAAAUCUGCUGGAAAUGCCCACGACUUUUCAGCAAUGAUUUCCCUCACACAAUACCAUGAUGACCAGUCCUACAGUAUUUACUUCUAGGUGUAAUAUUGUUGUGGUUUCAAAAUGUAAUUAUUGUAUUUGUAAAUUGUACUCAUUCCAGUAAAGCAGUUAGACACUUGAGUUUUAGCAUUUUACCACUCCUGAAAUGGAUGUAAUUUAAUCUGUGGUAUGUAAAUUUAAUAGUAGUACUGUUGAAUGGCACAGCGCUUACAGAGGUAGGUUGAAUUUUGUCAAUAUAUAAAAUUUAAAUAUAAUAUUGAUAGCUAUCACAAAGGGGGUGCCACAUACAAAGGAAAUUAAGUGGAACCAGAAAAAAAAACUUUUUUUUUCAGUUCUUAGUAUGUUUUAUUCUAGUGCUAAAUAAAAAAUUCUAUCUUCAAAUGUUUAGUGAGUUAAAUUCAGAAACUAUUUCAGAAAAACAUUCUAAGGUUACAGCAUAUUCAAAGAAAAGCAUUAAUUACCACUUUUUAAAAAAGCUUUUUUUUCAAACUGCAAAUUUCAUAAAAAUGCAAACUGUGUAAACAGGGCCUCUUAUUUUUAUAACUUGUGUAUAAAGGGAAAGCAAUUCAUAUUUAAAGUUUAAGUAUAUGAAAUUAUAAUCAAGUAAAGAAGAUAUUGACGUCUUAACUACUUCCCCUCUCUCUCUACAGCUUCGCAAAUGUAGAGAUUGUUGAAUAAUCCAGUCAGACUAAAACAAAAAUUGUGAUUUUAAAACUUCAAGACUCUCCAUAGUUGAGCUGGUUCGCAACUUUUGCACAGUUACUCUAAACAGAGAGUUCCUCCCACUGAGCAUGGAGACCGGUGCCAUGCGUCUUCCUCCUCACCCAUAGGAAUCAAAAUGUUGAGACCAAAAAUCUCUGAAAAAAAUGUUUGUCCCCUAUUUAAAUCCAGAAGGAGAAUUUUAAUCACAAUCAUUUAUAAUAUUUGGGAAGGAAAAAAAUAAGCUUUAUCAAAGAAGUUCUCUCCACAUAAUUGUGUAAUAAAGUCCUUUUAGAUAAAAUUCAUUGUAUGAAACUAUAAAUCUUUGCCAUUCUGGGGGGGACUCAAAAAGAGUUAUAAAAAAUGUUAUUAUUUUAUUGUUGCAAGGUACAAUACAAACUUCAAGUACUCAGUUGGGUCUCACGAUGAGGGAAUUCAGAAUAGAGAAGCACUUCUUCAGGGAUCCCAGUUAUAAAACCUUCCUUCAUUCUGAUCUGAAAACACAAGUCUUCCUUCAAGUCAUAGAGCUUAUUUUAAACAUAGGCAAAUUCGUGUUCUAGGUUAUACUGUUAAAUAACUGUAAUUAUAAGUUGUUUUAUUUAUCAUUAGUUGCUAAAUUUUACUUUACACUUACUCAUAUUAGACAAAGAAUUUUGAGCCCCUUUAAGUUUUUAAAUCUUACUCUUAAAAUGAGAUUGUGACUGGCAGUAGUUCACAGUGGAACUUUCUAAAUUGGUGUUUGUACUUCUCUAUCAGUGCUGGCUACCCAGAGGAUGUUCAGAGUGAGCUGCCUUGCAUUUGAAGGAUAUUCUCAAUUGGCUUCUCAAGUCUUGUGUUGAAGUUUUUUAAACAAAUAACUAAUAUACUCUUUUUAUGUAAAGAUAUGCUAUUUGAUUUUGAAACCAAAAGAGAGAAUGCAAAUUUUUAAAUAUAUGAAACAUAGGGAAAUUCCAAACACUAAAACCAAUGGAAAAUAAACUGCAGAAAACUGAGAACUAUCCAGCAUAUAAAUAUAAAAGUGUGUUUAAAGUAAUCAGUUUGUGAAAAAACAUUGAAAAUUAGCACAAAGCAUAUUAAAAUGUGUAAAUAUUACUGUUCUCAUGUCUUGCUCUUUAUAUUUAUUUUAUUUCAAUUGGUUCUGGAGUGAAUUGGUAGUUAAACACAAGGACUUUUUGUUAAUAAAAGAAUAAUUUUGUUGAUAUUGUAAAAAAUGUAAUUUAAAACAUAGAUUACAAUAAUCCCUAACAUUAUUCAAAUGUUUCCAGGAACUAAAAUUUGGAACAAUGAAGAUAUCCUAUGAUCUCUUAAUUAGUCUUUGUGAAACAGAAUGAAAGUCAGUGAUUUCAGAGUUACUAAACCUUGAAUAACCAGAAUCUCAAUAGAGAAUAUAUCUCUUUCAGUUCAGAAAAUAGGUUAAAUAAUAACAAACUCAUAUCAGGGAGGUCUGGGUGUUUUUCUUUUACUCUUGUAGUUUAUAUUCUCCUGUUACACCUGUACCCACUGUACUAUGCACUAAGAAUUCAUGUCAGAAAAAAUGAUCCAAGACAGUACAAGAGUCUCUGUUAUAAAAGAAACAUUAAGUCGGGUUCAUUAUCAAUCCCUAAAGCAGAACAACGUGAGCUAGUACAUAUUAACAUUUUCAAUACUAUGGGUUAAAAUGAAAAGAAAGGGUUUUGUUAACCAGGACAUCACGUUCUGAGCAAUAUGGUUACAAAGGUUCUGCUCUAUCAAGAUAGAAAGUAUGAAUGAUGCUGCUUUAUUUUGGCAAAAUGGAAAGUAUGUUUUUCUUUUCAAAUAAAUUCCAUAUUUUCAUGGUAUUUUUAAAAAUAAAUUCUCAUUAUGAAUUA